AUGGUGACCUCAUGCCUCAGCUUCGUCUCCUUGUACGGCUCCUUCAUCCGCCGUUCCCUCACCGCCGCUGGACUCUCCUCCCAAAUCCUCGACGUUGAUGCCGACACCACAAUCCACUUUUGGGGACCUAAACCACCCUCAAAUGGUGACCAUCGGAAAUCGUCGCUGCUUUUACUUCACGGAUUCGGUCCUCACGGCAUUUGGCAGUGGCGGCUACAGGUGUCGUUUCUCGCGACUCACUUCGACGUCUACAUCCCCGAUCUAGUGUUCUUCGGAGAAUCCAUCUCGAAUUCCUCCGAACGGUCGGAGAUCUUCCAAGCAAGUGCCAUUACGAAGCUGAUGGAGAAGGUUGGGGUGAACAAGUACUCGGUGAUUGGGACAAGCUACGGUGGUUUCGUGGCGUACAGAAUGGCUGCGAUGUGGCCGGAAAGGGUAGAGAAGGUGGUGAUCUCAAGUUCAGGAGUUAACAUGAGGCGGAGGGAUAAUCAGGAGCUGAUGAAGAGGGCCAACUUGGAGACAAUCGAAGAGCUAAUGCUGCCAGAGACGGCUGGCCAGCUCCGGACGUUAUUGCGUUUGGCUGUUUACAACGGUGGCUACAUGCCGGAUUUUUUUCUCAACGAUUUCAUUGACAAAUUGUAUGGUGAAAACAGGAAGGAAAAGUUGGAAUUGCUGAAAGGGCUGACACUUGGCCAAGAUGACACCCCUACCAUUUCCCCUCUUCAACAGGAAGUGUUGAUCAUAUGGGGUGAACAUGAUAACCUCUUUUUGUUGGAUAUGGGAAAAGAGCUUAAAGAAAUGUUGGGGAAGAAUGCAUCAUUGGAGGUGAUUAAGAAGGCAGGACAUGUACCUCAGCUUGAACAGCCCAAGAACUUCAAUACAAUCCUCUACCAUUUCUUGUGUGUCUAGCUCCUC